ACAAAAAAAAACACACCAAACACACGACUCACAAAUUCACAACCCCAAAAUUGCAGCGACACGGCUGCACACCGCCACGCUCCUCACCUCGCAGCCGGUCACCGGAGAAACAGCAUCCACCGCGCCACUGGAGCUGCAACGCACGCCGUUCAGCCCGUCACUAGCACUCCCCAGGAGCAUCACUGCAACACCGCACUACUGAACCACCGCAGUAGCGCCGCUCUCCUACCGCACGCGUCGACGGAGAUCCACACACGGUCUGGGAAACCCAAUCACCACACGCCGCACUACAGGUAACGACUGAGCAAUAGCCCACUGCCGCACAUCAGCAACACACACGGCACCGCAAUCCUCCCACCGUCACACGGCACUGCACAGCGAAACAUCCCAAGAAAGUACUGUUCUGAUACCAGAUGGUCUGCAUCUGAUUUGGCUUGGUUGAUUCAUCACCUUAUGCAGUUACGUGGGAUAUAGUACCAUUAUGCUGGCUAUAUCUGAGAGUAUAGGCUGGUUAGAAGUUGAUAUAGUUGAUGAAGAUGACAACUUAUCUCAAUCUGGUAACCCUGUUGGCCUACACAGCACCUAUAUGGGCAACUGUACUUGCUGGUUUCCUUGUAAUUGUCACUCUAGUGCUUUCGAUAUACCUUCUAUUUGAGCACCUUUCAUCGUACAAGAAUCCUGAGGAGCAAAAAUUUUUGAUUGGAGUCAUCCUAAUGGUUCCAUGCUAUGCAAUAGAAUCAUUUGUAUCAUUGGUGAACCCAUCGAUUAGUGUUGAUUGUGAGAUACUACGGGAUUGCUAUGAAUCCUUUGCCAUGUAUUGCUUUGGAAGAUACCUUAUUGCAUGCUUGGGUGGGGAAGAGAGGGCCAUUGAAUUUAUGGAAAGAGAAGGACGUGCAAGUUCUAAGAUUCCACUAUUAGAACACAGUUCUGAAAGAGGAACCGUGAAGCAUCCUUUUCCAAUGAACUUUUUCUUGAAGCCAUGGAAACUAGGCCAGUGGUUUUACCAAGUUAUCAAAAUUGGAAUUGUUCAAUAUAUGAUAAUAAAGUCUCUAACUGCUCUUUUAGCAGUAAUCCUUGAAGCCUUUGACGUUUAUUGUGAAGGAGAAUUCAAAUGGGGAUGUGGGUACCCUUACAUGGCAGUGAUUCUAAAUUUCAGUCAGUCAUGGGCUUUGUACUGUCUUGUUCAAUUUUAUACUGUUACAAAGGAUGAAUUGGCACACAUAAAGCCAUUGGCUAAGUUUCUGACAUUUAAAUCAAUUGUAUUCUUGACUUGGUGGCAAGGUGUGGCGAUUGCUAUUCUCUAUUCCCUUGGUUUGUUCAAAAGUCCUAUAGCUCAAGCUUUCCAGUUUAAGUCAAGUGUUCAAGAUUUCAUCAUUUGUAUAGAGAUGGGCAUUGCUUCCAUUGUUCACCUGUACGUAUUUCCUGCAAAACCUUAUGAGCUAAUGGGGGACCGCUUCACUGGAAGUGUUUCAGUUCUUGGAGACUAUGCAUCUGUUGACUGUCCUUUGGAUCCUGACGAGGUUAGAGACAGUGAACGCCCCACAAAGCUACGCCUUCCGCAACCUGACAUUGAAGUCAAGAGUGGAAUGACUAUAAGAGAAAGUGUUCGGGAUGUUGUUAUUGGUGGUGGGGGACAUAUUGUGAAAGAUGUGAGGUUCACAGUAACCCAAGCAGUGGAGCCUAUGGAGAAGGGGAUCACAAGGUUCAGCGAGAAGUUACACGAGAUCUCUCAAAACAUUAAGAGGCAUGACAAGGAUGGAAGAAAAACAAAAGAUGACAGUUACAUUUCCACAUCAUCGCCUGCACGGAGGGUGAUCCGUGGGAUAGAUGACCCGCUUUUAACUGGGAGCAUGAGUGACAGUGGGGUCACAAGGGGAAAGAAGCACCGUCGAAAAUCAGGAUAUACUAGUGGAGAAAGUGGGGGAGAAAGCAGUAGCGAUCAAAGCUAUGGUGGGUAUCAGGUUAGAGGCCGAAGAUGGGUUACCAAAGAUUAGCUAAGAGGAACAGUUGAACCUAUCAACCGGCAAUCUGUCAUUGUAGCAUUCAGCCACAGGAGUGGCUCACAACCUGGCUGCUUCGUAUAAAUAUCCACCACGGCAUGUGUUUUUUUUUCUUCACAAAGAUGCCGUGCGUUUGAUCUAAAAUGGAUUCAGAUGCGAUAUGCUUCACGCAGGGAGGGUGGGAUUGUGAUUCAUGUAUGAUUUAUAUGCACAAUGAGCUUUUGAUAUGUUGUAUAGAGCUCAGAAUCCGGUCUCUGGUCACAUGAUUGAGAAAUCACUUCUUUUUGUUUGUUUGUUUGUUUUCUUGAAGGAAAAGGUAUGUUUCUUUUCUGUCGUGGAACACCCUAAUCUUUAUAUUGAUAAGGGUUUAUACAAAUUGUUGAAAAUCUUUUUUCUUUCU